UUCAAAAGUAAACAAACAAGCAGGUAUUUUCUGUUAAAUAUUAUAAAGAUAAUAAGGAAGUUAUAUAAAUUAAUAUAAACAUAUUAAUUAAUAAUGACGGAACCAGAAUUAGUGGAGGAUUUCUUUGGUGUUUAUUUGUUAUAUUGUAUCAAUCCAAAAUAUAAAGGCCGCACAUACGUUGGUUAUACUCGAGACCCGAAUAGAAGAAUAAUGCAACACAAUAAAGGAGUGUGGGCUGGAGGAGCUCACCGAACUAAUAACAAGGGACCCUGGAAGAUGGUGGUUAUAGUGCAUGGAUUCCCAAAUAAUAUUUCUGCUCUUAGGUUUGAAUGGGCUUGGCAAAAUCCAUCAAAGACAAUAAGACUUCAACAUUUAAACUUAAAGAAGAUCCCGAGAAAAGAGUCUGAAUUUAAAUUCAAAUUAAGAAUAUUGAGUGAGAUGUUUCGAGUGGGACCUUGGUGCCGACUGCCUUUAAUUAUAAGAUGGUUAGAGCCAGAAUACCGUGAAGAAUUUCCUCCUGAAAGAAUACCACCAGAACACAUGUCAAUCUGCGAAGGACCUGUGAAAAGUAGAAACUUAAAGACCAAAGACUCAAACUCCAUCCAACCUGACGUGGAAUGCCUUCUGUGCUCCGCUAACAUAACCAAUGGCCAGACAAAGAUCACCUGUUUAAAUCCUAACUGUGAACUUCUUUGCCAUAUAACUUGUUUAGCGGAUCUGUUCUUGGUACCAGGGGAAUAUGUACCAGUAGAAGGUAAUUGUCCUUUCUGUGAUAUAAAGGUAAAAUGGGGUGAUUUGAUCAGGAAAAUGAAAGGGUGCGCCUAUACUAAUGAAGUUGAAGAAUGCAGUGAUGAAGAAGUACAAGAUGUUUCUUUCGCUGAAGACCCGUCGUGGAUGCAAGAUUGUAAUUAUGAUUUAUGA